CUCCUCCAAUCUCUCUCUCUCUCUCUCUCUCUCUCUCUCGUCUUGGUUUCUUUCUUUUUCUUGGUGGGUUUCGUUAUUAGCUCCGCGUCUUCACGUUUUCUGCAAGUGUUGCUUGUGUUCUUGCGAGACAAAGACAAUAAAAGAUGCCACUGUUCGGUGGUGAAGAAGCACCGACCGAGGACGCCUCCACGCAACCUCCUCGGGAUUCACGUGCCUUGCCCGCUUUAAUGUCUUCUUGUCACCCCAUUUCUCUCAAGUUCGUGGACGUGAGCUAUAGGGUCAAGAUAGAUGACCACCGAGGGGGCAACAUCAAACGUAUCUUCGGCCAGUCAACACCGCCGCCUGACGGCAGAACUGCGGCGCCGCCGCGCGAGCGUACGAUACUGAAGGGGAUCACCGGCACAGCGUCGCCGGGGGAGAUCCUGGCUAUCCUCGGUCCGUCCGGGAGCGGCAAGUCGACGCUCCUCAACGCCCUAGCUGGUCGGCUCCGAGGUGGCCUCUCUGGGACGAUCAUUGCGAACGACCGAAGGCUUGGUCGGUCGAUGCUGCGGCGGACCGGAUUUGUGGCCCAGGACGAUGUGCUGUACCCACACCUGACCGUGCGGGAGACGCUCGUGUUCUGCGCGCUGCUCCGGCUGCCGCGGUCGCUGGGGAGACAGGAGAAGGUGGCGGCAGCGGAGGCGGUGAUAGCCGAGCUGGGGCUGGCCAAGUGCGAGGACACCAUCAUCGGGAACAGCUUUGUGCGGGGGGUGUCGGGUGGCGAGCGGAAGCGCGUGAGCAUCGCCCACGAGAUGCUGGUGAACCCUAGCGUGCUGGUCCUCGACGAACCGACGUCGGGGCUCGACUCGACGGCAGCGCACCGGCUGAUGGCCACACUGGGUUCGCUGGCUCAGAAGGGCAAGACAGUGGUCACGUCGGUACACCAACCAUCGAGCCGGGUGUACCAGAUGUUCGACUCAGUGCUGGUCCUGAGCGAGGGCAGGUCCUUGUACUUCGGGAAAGGGCGCGAUGCGAUGAGCUACUUCGAGUCGGUCGGCUUCGCGCCGGCCUUUCCGAUGAAUCCUGCGGACUUCCUGCUCGAUCUCGCCAACGGGGUCUACCAAAUCGAUCGAUCGAUUGAGAGAGACAACCCAAACAUCAAGCAAUCUCUCAUCUCUUCUUACAACACCGUGUUAGCUCCCAUAGUAAAAGCAGCCUGCUUGGACAAUUCGGCCAUUCAAGCAAAGGGAAACAUUGCCGACAGCGGCCAUUUUCCGCCACACUACCGAACAGGCAGUAGCUUCAGCACUGGCAUUUCCAAUUGGUUCAACCAAUUCAGCAUUCUUCUCCAGAGAGGCCUCAAGGAACGCAAGCAUGAGUCUUUCAAUCGCCUCAGAGUCUUCCAAGUCAUUGUAGCUGCGCUGUUAGCGGGCCUAAUGUGGUGGCAUUCGGACUCCCAUAAUAUUCAAGAUCGACUUGGUCUGCUCUUCUUCAUCUCGAUCUUCUGGGGGGUGUUCCCAUCCUUCAACUCCGUGUUCGCAUUCCCCCAGGAGCGCGCCAUCUUCAUGAAGGAACGGUCUUCAGGAAUGUACAGUCUCUCCUGCUACUUCAUGGCAAGAAUCGUUGGGGACAUGCCCAUGGAGCUCAUACUGCCCACCAUCUUCCUCACCGUAACUUACUGGAUGUCUGGACUAAAACCCGAGUUUGGUGCAUUUAUUUUGACGCUGUUGGCCAUGCUCGGCUAUGUCCUCGUAUCUCAGGGCCUUGGGCUCAUGCUAGGCGCAGUCAUAAUGGAUGCCAAGCAGGCCUCGACGAUAGUAACAGUCACAAUGUUGGCCUUCGUGCUGACCGGAGGAUUUUAUGUGCACAAAAUACCGUCCUGCUUGGUCUGGAUCAAGUACGUAUCGACGACGUUUUACAGUUACAGGCUUCUGAUCAAUAUCCAGUACGGGGAUGGAAGAGGAAUUUCUUCGAUGCUGGGUUGUGGUCGAGAUAUGAUUUCAUACAACCCAAGCUGCAAGUUUGUCGAGGAGGAUAUCGUAGGGCAGAUUGCGCCCGGGGUGUGCGUCGGUGUUUUGUUGUUGAUGUUUUUCGGAUACAGGUUAUUGGCGUAUCUCGCUUUGCGACGCAUUAAAGCUUGAAAGGACAUGAAUUACUGCAAAAAGACGGGUUUAAAAGCAUUUCGAAGGGGAUUCCGGAGGACAUUUUAGUUUCUAGCUUCUCCUGAAUUAGAAGGCUGAUUGCUACUGGGCAAGCUUUAACCGCUUGCAGUUCCUCUUUUUCUUGUUCUCUUUGGCUUCUUCUUUUUCUUUUGGUUUUAAUUAGGAUUUGGAUUCAAGCUAACAAAGAUUAGAGGCGGUAUGAGAACUGCUUUAAGGCCCAAGCAAUUGUAAAGCAUCAGGAACAAUGCUAAUGUCAUUAGGCAAUUUGAAGGAUUGCGUAAACAACUGA